AUGUUCAGUCUAGGAGUUCGCCGAAGUGUCCAGUCUACUGCUACGUUCAAGAGGUCAUUUACAACUGCUUAUAGGUUAAGAAAUGAAGCUAUUGAAGCUGUACCGAAAACCAACAAGGUAGAGUCAUCUUGCAAAGCAGGAACAGUGUUGAACUUGAAAGUAUUCAAAAAGGGCGAUGAGCCAGUUGCUUUAGAAGAUUCCGAGUACCCGGAAUGGCUUUGGAACAUGAUUGAGCCAAACAAAAAUCUUGAUGAGAUCAAAAAUGAAAACUUUCUUAGGUGGAGGAAAAUUAAGCUCCUGAAAGCUAAUAACAACAAGAUCAAGGCAAAUAACUUUUUGUCAAAGAUGUGA